UAAAAGAAAAUUAAUCAAGAAAUAUAGCUAAUCGCCUAUAUGAUUUAUAGUCUCGGGUGUACUGUGUAUUCCCUUAGAUACUAAAUUUUAUACUACCUAAAUUUAAUUUUUAGAAGGAUUAAAAUAUGGUUGGGUCUUCUGAUUUUUAUACACAAAUUUGGGCUCUUAUAUUUGAAGAUAUUGUCUUGGUUUAAGAUAUACGGAGUAGAUUAAUUAAUUAAUUAACUUUUUUUUACCAAUAGAAUAAAUAAAGGGCUAUUUUAAUUUCACAUACUAAAACAAGUCAACCAGAAAAACUGUCAAACACAACAAUAGCAAACAGAUGUCGACCAUUCUUCACAUUUUGCAUCCUUUGGAAAAGGUCAGACUACCCUCCCUACAUCUUUUCUCUUCCACAUUUAGAGCAUUAACCUUCAAUUCUCACCUCAUAAUUUUUGGAUGUCAUAUCUCAAACCAUGAUUUCUUGGAAACAAAUGUGUCAUAUAAAUUAGUUUUUGAUCGGAGAAAUUAGAGACUUUGUUCAAACUGAUCAAUAGUCCAAAAUCAAGGCUGUGUCGUAGGAUUUUGCUCUAUUGAAAUGCUUUGACAAAUCCCUUCCUUUAAUAUCUAUCUUUCUUUCUGUGGGGUUUGGGAUCAAGAAGUUUAUUGAUGAUUUCUUGCUGAUCACAGCCUCGAUAUUGGAAUAAAAACAUACAUAAUUUCGUAGAAAAAUUAUUUUGCCGAAAAAAGGCUUGCUAAUAUGGCAUUUACUGGAACUCUUGAUAAAUGCAAGGCUUGUGACAAAACUGUCUACUUUGUUGAUUUGUUAUCAGCUGAUGGGGCAACUUUCCAUAAGUCCUGCUUCAGAUGUAGCCACUGCAAAGGCACACUCGUGAUGAGCAACUACUCAUCAAUGGAUGGAGUCCUCUACUGCAAAACUCACUUUGAACAACUCUUCAAAGAAUCGGGGGAUUUCCGCAAAAACUUUCAAAAUGGGGUAAAGACAGACCGGCAAUACGAGCAGAGCAGGACCCCUAACAAACUUUCAUCCUUCUUCUCUGGAACCCAAGAAAAGUGUCCUACUUGCAAUAAAACUGUCUAUCCAUAUGAAAAGAUAACAAUGGAGGGAGAAUCCUACCACAAAUCAUGCUUCAGGUGUGCAAUAGGAGGGUGUUCUCUAACACACUCAUCCUAUGCUGCUCUCGACGGAAUCCUGUACUGUAAGCACCAUUUCCAGCAGUUGUUCAUGGAGAAAGGAACCUACAGUCACGUAAAGGAUGCUGCUAAGAAGAAUGCAUUAUCUUUAGCCGAAUCAACCAAAACAACCGAUCCAGGAGCCGAGACAAAUGCUGAAGAACUAACUACUGAAGCAUAAUAGUCUUUAAACAAACAAACAAACAAACAUCCAGCAUAUCUAAUCAUUUUUUGUUACCAAAUGAGUCAGGAAUAUAUAUAUUUUUCCCCCCUAUUGUCACAGAAACUUCAACAAUGUACCUUCUUUUUUUUUAAUUGUUUUGACAUGUUGGGCCAUUCAAUUUGUCACAGUGAAUAUCUUUUUCUUCCCUUUUUUUAAUUUUUUUAAAUUUGUAACUCCUUUCAGAAAAUUGUAAGACUUUUUUGUACUGUUUAUGUUUGACAUGAUGAGAAAAAUGUAGCUUUUAUUUAUUGCUUUGAAUUUCCAAUAAAAUAACUAAUACUUAUAGUA